GGGACAAAAAUUGUCAUUACAGAUGAAAUAGUUUUCUAGCUAUAGUCUUAAUUGUAUACGAAAAUUAUUUGAAGGCAAGAUUUAUGUUUGGCAUAUAUGUCAGGUAAUUAUUGGUCUUCUAGUCAAUUGAUACAAUUCUACUUGCCAGCGAAGCCAAAGUUGUCAGAGACCAAUGCAUUUAGCGAAGAAUCGACUUUACAUUGGGAACGAAUUCAGGAGAUUGGGGAUAAAAUCAAACUCCAUCAAAGGGUUAUGGCGACUGCUUCUGUCCUUUUAAAGCGAUACCUUUCAAAGAGAAAAGGGAAAGUUGAGCAUACUUUGGAACAACAUGUUUCGGCUUGUGUGUACUUAGCUUGCAAAGUAGAAGAGAGUCCAGUUCAUAUUCGGACAAUCUGUAACGAAGCGAAUGCACUUUGGAAUUCUUCGCUACCAAUAGACAGAUCACAAGUAGCUGCUCUGGAGUUUGAAAUAAUUUCUGUUUUGGAAGCAUAUCUUAUUGUUUAUCAUCCAUAUCCGACAUUAGAAAAGAUCUUUCGAGAUGGGUUGAUUACGAAAACUCAAAUACAACUAGCAUGGAAUAUUGUGAACGAUUCUUACGCGACUGAUUUAUGUCUUCUGGCUCAUCCACACCAAAUUGCCUAUGCUGCUUUGAUGCUUAGUUGUUGUGAUGAUGAAGGCACGAUGAAUCGACUGGUAGACCUAUUUAAGACGUCUGAUCCCUUGAAGAUUGUACUAUGUAUACAAGCUCUACUAUCCUUUUAUAACCAGGAUGAAAGGGACUGAAAUUUGAAGCAUACAUGGGUAUGUACAUGGUGGUAUAUCUAAACAAUUGUUUAAUAUUCCAAUUGUCCUUUAGCACCGGAAAGAAAUUAAUUGACAUCCUUUUACGUCGAAACAGACUUUGCUUUACAUUUAGCACUGGCACGCAGAUUACAUUCUACGGAUACGAUUGAGCACUACACGACAGUUAAAAGAUGCCUUUUCAUGAUUGAGAAUCCGUUCAACGAGCGAAAAUGAAAAGUAGUCGAAUGAGAAAAAAAAAAGGAUAAUCAUUGAACAAUGAAAUGAGAUAUUCCCCCUUUUUUUUUUUUUUUUUUUUUUUUAUAUUUUGUUAUUUAGAAAAAAGAAUACUUCUCAUGUAACGUGAUAUGGAUAAGGACAUGGACAAACAAGUUUUUAUUUUGGUUCAAAAAGGAUUAUGAGGUUUCAUAUUUUGCGAGAAGGCCAUUGAUUGCGCGAAUGUCUGCACCAACGAUACGGUCUAAUUCUUGACCCUUUUUAAAUAAAACCACGGUAGGAAGUGCAUAGACCUCAUUUUUUUGAGCAAGUUCGGUGUACUUAUCGGCAUCUACUGCAAUAAAAGAGGAUUUCGAAUGGCUGUUGCUCAACUUUUCCAAUAAAGGGCUAAGAAACUUACAGGGUCCACACCAGUCAGCAUAAAAAUCUACGACAGUGACUUUGUCAGCGCUAGAAAAAAUGAGUUAAUACAUUGUGAAAUUGAUAAAAUGACCUACUUGACUCUUUGGGCAUAGUCCUCCAGUGACUUGACAUGUUGAACUUGUUUCAUGACUGAAGAAGUCUGAAAUGUUCUAUGGGCUAAACCAGUCUUGACAUGGUUGAAUGAACGAAGUCCUCUGGAAAAGCGGUAAAAGGAAUUCAUUUUAUGGGAACGAAUGCUACAAAAUCGGAAACAACUGUACGUUGGUCAAGGAAAACUGUAACAUGCAGGAGCAGCCAACAGUGAAAAAUAACGAAUAUACUCUUUAGGAUGAUAUGUAAUUUCGUAAAAAGGUUCUACACUCUCGUUAGACUCAUGACUCGUGUGGACGAGGGGUUUACGUUUUUGUUAACACUUUCAUUCUAUUUAUUAUUUCCUUCGUCUUUCUUUAUAAAAGACUUUUUCAUUAAACAAGUUCUCUUUCAUCAAAAAAGAAAAGUGCCAAAAAAUUAUUGUAAAAACUAUUGCAAUUUAAUCAAAUCAUAUAAUUAUAAAGAAAAAAAUAAUUACUACCACUACUACUACUACUCAGGCUCUGCAACAUCCCACUUAUGUUCUCGGUUACCAACUAGUCAAUCGUAGGCAAAGUGGGGGGAUGUCCUAGCUUUUUUUCCUUCUUGGACUAAAUCGAAUGACCCCCACAAGGUACGAUUUCCCAUCAAUUCAGUACAAAGAGCGUCAAGCUAAGGAAAAGGCUCUUUUGUUUCCUUGGGUGUUUGUUAGCUAGUGCAAGAAGAAGCAACAAUGUAUGCAGCACUAUGUUCAAGGUCUCCUCCAGCCCAAGAGAUAUAUGAAAUGAAAAUUACAUCUAG